ACUGUUCGUCUCUCUACUCUCUCCGAGAAGGAAAGGUAGGGUUCCCCCCUCCCGCAUUGUCUCAGAUUCUGAGAUAUCCUUUCGAGUUUUCUCGGGACUGUGAGUCUAAGGAAAGCCGGUGAAGAUGUCGAACUUGGUGGACCCUACGUGGCGCCUUCUCGCAGCGAGCGGCGGAGAUACGGUUAAGCUAUUCGACGUGUCUGCCGAUUCCGGUGAUCCCUGCGUAUUGAGCUAUACUCCGUCGCCUGGUUCUGCCGUAAACUCCGUAAAGUGGAAUCACACGAAUUUAGUUGUGGCGAGUGCGGGAGAUGAUAAGAAGAUAUCUCUUUGGCGGAUUAAUGGGGGCAGUCUAGGAACAGUUCCGGUUGCUGGGAAGGACGGUGGUGAUAGUACUGCCGAGGAAUGUUUGUCGGCUAUUAGUUUCAGCAGAAAAGGGUCAAGGUACAUAGCUUCUGGUGGAACUGGUCAACUUGUUAAGAUAUGGGAUCUGCAAAGAAAGCUUUGUAUUAAGAAGCUGAGGGGUCAUACAAGUACGAUAACUGGCGUGAUGUACAAUUGCAAAGAUGAGCAUUUGGCGUCUGUCAGUGUUGGUGGGGAUCUGAUAGUUCACAACCUUGCAUCUGGAGCUAGGGCUAGCGAACUAAAAGAUCCACAUGGGCAGGUAUUGAGGGUGCUUGACUAUUCAAGGUCCAGUCGACACCUUCUACUUACUGCGGGUGAUGAUGGCACCGUGCAUCUGUGGGACACGACUGGUCGUAACCCAAAGAUGUCCUGGUUGAAGCAGCAUUCUGCACCAGCUGCGGGUGUAUGCUUCUCUCCAUCAAACGAAAAGAUAAUUGCUAGUGUGGGGAUGGACAAAAAGCUUUACACUUAUGACUCUGGAUCCAGAAGAUCUUCGUCCUGCAUUUCUUAUGAGGCACCUUUCUCAUCUUUGGCGUUUGGGGAUAAUGGUUACAUUCUGGCAGCUGGAACCGGUAAUGGUCGAGUAGUGUUUUACGACGUUCGUGGAAAACCACAGCCUGUCACUGUCCUGCACGCUUACAAUAGUUCAGAGGCUGUAACAAGUUUAUCAUGGCAAACAUCAAAACCAGUUAUUGUGAAUGAGAAAAACUACACGGGUGAGAUGGCUCUUCUUGGUGGUACUGUGGACGAUUCAGCUAUCAUUCCUGAUCCACUUCCGUCAACGACACCCUCAGAUUCACAGUCGACUUUGGUACCAGGUUCUCGUGGAACUGCCACGAGUACGUCGAACGUGUCAUCUUCAGAACAAACACCAAACAGAACUCAUCUAUGGCCUGGUGCGCCACUGGGAAGACUACAUGCACUUCGUGCAAGUGACAGUUUCAAUGACGAUAUGCGUGUGUUUUCCCCUAUCGUUGAUGUUUCAUCUGUUGAGAAGUGGGCUGAUAGUGAAGGAUUCAACAAUAAAGAUCAUUUUAUUGAUGACAAAAAGCCUUCCUCUUUGCUAUUUCCUUCAGCUAGCAAGGGAUUUCCAUUUCGAGAUGAUGGAAACAAGGAACAUACGAUAUUUGACUGGAAAUCAAGUUCUACUUCGAAACAGGAUGACACGAAAGCUGCUUUUUCUCCAUUCGGAACCACUACGCCAACAGCAUCAACCAAAAGUGAAGACUCUUCUUUGACACCUCCAGAAUCAUGGGGUGGCGAUAGAUUAUCUGAGAAGUUUAACCAACUGGCCAAUAAUGAGAAACUCUCUGAUAAAUUUAGCCACCUGCAUGCACCUUCACGUCUCGGGGCUUCAAGCACAAGUGGUAGUAGUACAUCUGGAUCAAUGUUCUCUACCUCUCGAGAUUUUCCCUUGUCCUUUGGUCAGACAAACGUUAGCUCGGAAUUCCCACGGAUCAGAGACUUCUCUUCAGCUUCCGAGAACUUACCUUCAAGCCCGUUGUUAUCAAAAGUCAUCGCAGGUCCGGGUAAAAUUGAAUCACUGAGGCUAUCACCAAGUUUUACUCCUCCUAGGUCAUAUGCUGAGAGAAUCAAAACCACUCCUUCCUUUAGUGACGGGACCUCUCCUUCUUCGGGUUCACCCAAGAUAAAGAAAACAGGAGAGGAAAUCUUAAGUAAUCUGAUGCCAAGACCUGAGAUGGUAGCUGCAACGGAAGCUCUUCCGAUUAUGAAUGGAGGAAACAUGAGACAGUCUCAAAAUGAUCAACAGCAAGUGGUGGGUGGCAGCAAUUUCACACUUCAGCUAUUUCAAAGAACACUGGAAGGAACUCUGGAUUCAUUCCAAAACUCCAUUCAUGACGACAUGAGAAACCUGCAUAUCGAGAUCCUUAGACAGUUCCACAUGCACGAGAUGGAGAUGUCGAAGGUAUUAAGCUCGGUUCUGGAGAACCAGGCGGAGCUAAUGAAGGAGUUACAAUUGUUGCGUAAAGAGAACCAACAGCUCCGGCAAAGGCUUUAG